ACAUAAAGCAACAAAAUUUGCAUCGAUACGUAUUUAUGGUUAAAGACGAAAGUACAAAUCGCAUCUCGUAAUCGAGCAGCUCUCAUCGGCGGAAGAAAUAGAUCGAACCCUACCUCUUCCUCGGCUUCUUGGAGAAGGAUGAGAGUGGAAGAGAGGAGGGCGACGGCUUGAUUGCAGAUCUGGAGAUGAAGGUGGCCCUCAGCCCCCUGCACGUAAGGUUGGCGGCGAUAAUGGUGGACCGGAAGUGGAUCGCUCCCCUGGCGGUCGGCGCCACUGUCUCCCUCGUCCUCCUCCUCUUCCUCACCACCCUCUCCUCCCCGGACGCCCCCCUUGCCCUCCUACCCCUCUCCCUCCUCCCCUCCGCCCUCCUCUCCCACCCCUCCAGCCCCUUGGCCGCCCUCUACGCCCCUGUCUUCGUUGAGUCCAAACUCCGGCCCGCCCCUCCCUCCGUCCGCCUCAGCACGGCCUCGCCGCGGCCGCCUCGCCUCGCCUACCUCAUUUCCGGCACUGUCGGUGACGGCAACAUGCUCAAGCGAGUCCUCCUCGCGCUCUACCACCCCGCCAACCGCUACGUCGUCCACCUUGAUCUGGAGGCCCCCGUGGAGGAGCGUGAAGACGUGAGGGAUUACAUUGCCCGCCACUCGCUCUUCACGGCCGUCGGGAACGUGAGGAUGAUCACCAAGGCUAACCUCGUCACGUACCGCGGGCCGACCAUGGUUGCCAACACUCUCCAUGCCGCGGCUAUUCUGCUGCGGGAGGGUGGGGAUUGGGAUUGGUUCAUUAAUCUUAGUGCUUCGGAUUACCCCCUCGUCACCCAAGAUGAUCUGCUGCACACCUUCUCCAAUUUGCCGAGGGAUCUCAACUUCAUCGAUCAUACCAGUGACAUUGGUUGGAAGGAGUUCCAGAGGGCGAAACCCGUAAUUAUAGAUCCAGGGUUGUAUAUGACGAAGAAAUCUGAUGUCUUUUGGAUCCCGCAGAGGAGAAGCGUACCGACAGCAUUCAAACUGUUUACAGGUUCUGCAUGGAUGGCUCUCUCACGUUCCUUCAUCGACUAUUGCAUAUGGGGCUGGGACAACCUUCCAAGAGCUGUUCUCAUGUACUAUGCCAACUUCAUCUCCUCUCCAGAAGGUUACUUUCAUACUGUCAUAUGCAAUGCACAGGAGUUCCACAAUACCACGGUCAACCAUGACCUUCACUUCAUUUCAUGGGAUAAUCCACCCAAGCAGCAUCCUCACUACCUCACCAUGGAUGAUAUGUCACGCAUGGUAGAGGGCAAUGCACCAUUUGCUCGGAAGUUCCACAGGGACGAUCCUGUACUCGACAAGAUAGACGCUGAGCUCUUGUUUCGUGGGCCAAACAUGAUUGUUCCAGGAGGGUGGUGUGCAGGGAGUAGAAAAAAUGGUAGCGACCCCUGCCUGGUUGUGGGAAAUACCACUAUCCUUCGGCCGGGUCCUGGUGCAAUCAAGAUAGAACGACUUAUGCUAUCACUCUUAUCAGACGAGAAGUUUCACCUGAGCCAGUGCAAGUAGACACAUGCUCAACCAGUUAGGGACCAAAAUAUAUUUUGUUUGAAACAACUUUUCAGGUAGUUUGUUGUUCAUGAAGAAUAUAAUGUAGUAGCACAGGGUCCAAAGAACAGUUGCUUCGUACGAGCAGAGCACCAAAUCAAUAUCUGUGUUAUGUUGUGAAACAAAGGGAUGUUGGAUCGAGGCUUUAUUUUGUUGUAACAGAGAAAACAUAACAUUUUCGCAGAACUUGUAUCAAUAUCUGUGUUAUGUUGUGAUUCGGUCGACGUUUUAUUUUGUUGUAACAGAGAAAACAUAGCAUUUUAGCAGAACUCGUAUCAAAGUUUUACUGAA